GAGGAGAUCCUCUCGGGCGGGCGGGCGGGCGCGGAGUCUGGGGGCCGCCGCUCCCCCCUCCGGGUCCGCGGAGGCGCCUGGCCCCUCCUCCCCCGCCGCCCCCACCCCUGCCGCUGCUGUCAAAGAUAAACUCGGCCGUUGCAGGAGCAGUGGCAGCCGGCGAUCCCGGGGAAGAGCCUCGGGCGCGGCCUCGCCUGGACCGCAUCAGCACCGCGGACAGCACAGCCGCCGCCCCUAGGACCUAGGCGCGGAGGACCCCCCUGCCUACCCACGCCCAGGCCCGGCGACCGCAUCAGCACCGCGGACAGCGCCCGGGCCCAUCUUGUCGCCGCCAGCCCACCUACCCCCCGAGUCAGCACCGUGGACAGCCCCCCCUCGACUGGCCCCUCCACAGGCUCGGAGCGCUCAGCGCCCCCGGAACAUGGCCACCGAGGUCCACAAUUUGCAGGAGCUCCGGCGGAGUGCCUCGCUGGCCACCAAGGUCUUUAUCCAGAGAGACUACAGUGAUGGGACCAUCUGUCAAUUCCAGACCAAAUUCCCCCCAGAACUGGACAGCCGGAUUGAGCGGCAGCUCUUUGAGGAGACUGUGAAGACCCUGAACGGCUUCUACGCGGAGGCCGAGAAGGUUGGGGGCAGCUCCUACCUGGAGGGCUGCCUGGCCUGUGCCACGGCCUACUUCAUCUUCCUGUGCAUGGAGACCCACUACGAGAAGGUUCUCAAGAAGAUUUCCCGCUACAUCCAGGAACAGAAUGAGAAGGUCUUUGCCCCUCGAGGUCUCCUGCUCACGGACCCUGUGGAGCGAGGGAUGAGGGUUAUUGAGAUCUCCAUUUAUGAAGACCGGUGCAGCAGUGGCAGCUCCAGCAGCGGCAGCAGCAGCGGCAGCGGCAGCAGCAGUGGCGGGGGUGGUGGGGCGGGGGCCCGGUGACUGGCCGAGAGUCCCUGCAGGGAGGCGUACGCCCGGAAAGAAGGCCUGGCAGACCUGCGGCGGCUGCGUUACCAGAGCACUCGCUUCUGAUUAUUCGCGGGGCCCACCUGCUAUCGGGGCGGGAGGGAGGGAGACUGGCCUUGCGUUUCCUGCAGGCCAUCAACCCGCGCCGCCUGCCCCCCACCCCUUGGCAGGAUGGUCCACUUCCUGACCUGGCUCUUCCCCCUGGGGCUGGUCUGGGUCACAUGGAGGCUGGGGGUGGGGACAACACAAUUUGGACGGCUCCUUUCUUCUGCGGUUCUUCUCCCAACACCGCAGAGGGUGCCCAGGUCUGUCAUAUAGAGAAUUCCCAUCCUGCAUGAUUUCUCACCCCAAGCCCCACGACCACCAGGACUCUCUCCCCUUGGGGCCUUGCUCCCCGUGGCUGUCUUCCAGAAUCUGUGCUUCCUGAUGCCACCCCAUGGCCUCUGCCUAUGAUCCUAUCUCCACCGAAUUCCAGGUCUAGGGAGACGGGAGGGGUCAGAUUGUGGGCGCAGCUGUGAGCUGCUCAGCCCCCCUCCUGACCUCUUCUAGACCUGUGGCUUCCCUGCUCUCCACCCAAAGCCUGAAGCCAUCUUGGCCUUGCCAAGUAGCAUCUAACUCCUGAGACUUUGCAAGCCACCAGGUGCUGGUCAUGGAACACACAGCCUGGGCUCUGGGGGGUUGUGGGGGGCUGGAGAACUGCUUCACGGAGAGAUGUGGCCUUGGGGGGAUUGACCCUCGAGAACCAGAGCCAAGUUCCUGAGAUUAGAACCUGCAUGUAUGUGAGAAUAAGUGUGUGCGCGUGAGGCACUUGUGUGAGCACACUACUGCAUAAAUACAUGUGUGUGUGUAUGUGUAGGUGAGUCCAUGUGUGAGUGCACCUGUGUGAGUUUAUGUGUACACACGUGUGAGUGCACAUGUGUGUGAGAGCGUACUUGUAUGUUCCUUGCUGCUAGGCCAAUGACUGCCCCUCUCUGUAUCCUGUCUUGUCUUCGUGAGUGAUGGUCUUUGGCUGCUUCCCUGCACGGGUCCAGCCUGUCCCCCUGUAAAUAAAUGUCCUAAUGCUGCUUCCCCUCGCCUGGGGCUGCCAGCUUGGCUCUUCUUCCUGGUCUUUCCCCCACCUGGAAGGUCCUCCCCAUCUUCUGACUACUGUGUACAUGCUAGUAGAAGAGAAGCUGGGGUUCUAGGAGGGCAGAGUCAACCUUCCAGGGCCUUCUGUGCCUCUCUUCCAGCCCCAUGACAAGGCCACAGGGCCGCAGAUGCUACAUAUCAAGCCUGCCCAGGUUCUGGGGCUCUCUCAGGCUGUGUAAGAAAGCCUUUCUUGGAUGUUCAAAGGAGCUGGCAACCAGCAGGGGAAAAGGCAAACUCCUUUCUUGAAAGGAAAUAGAGGUGUCUAGGUAAUGAGUCCCUGCCUGCUGAGGCCCAGGGGACCAGUGGGAGGGAAGCUGCCCCAUCCUGGUGCCCUGAAGAUGGACAGAAGGAACCUGCCUGCUUCAGCUGGCAAGAAGUGCUAGAAGUGGAUAUGACAGACCAGCCACUGCAGGUAGCUUUCUGGAACCAAAGAGGGGCCUGAUUUUCUCUUGCACACAGGAGCAGCGUGUGGGAAGGAGGUGCCUCCCAGAGAGCUGGAGAGGGCAGACCAGCCCCUGAGCCUAAGUGGGCCCUGGUCCAAGACUUGACCCAGAGAGCUGUAUCUCAGUGGGCUCCGCCACAGACCCCCAAACCUCUGGACCAGGCCUGGGCCCACCCUGGCGCCCUGUGUGGUUGGGCCUUGUGUCUGACCUGUGCCUCUCCCGUGGAAUGGCUGGGCACAGGUAAUGUGGUGGCCUUUUCUUUUAUUAUUUCUUUUUUCAAUAAAAGGACUUGCCUAA